AUGACCUGGAAACAUGUUGACAAUUGCUGUUUUGGAAUAAGAAGGCGGCUGUUGUUCUGCAGGGCCCGUCAAUCCCAUGCCAUGAGAGCUGUGAGCGAUGGCCUGACGGAUGCUCCAGCCCCCGUGCCUGAGUCCAUCCAGCUCCGGAGUGAGUGCGACACUGUGUAUGACAGAAAUGGCGACAUUGUCGAAGUCAUGUGCUGCGAUUAUGGCUUCCGCUCUGGUACCAGGCGAAUGUACCAGGAAGGCUUCGGGGAGAUCCCGCUGAGCGCGUGGGAGCUGGGUAUCGAGAACUUCAGGGCUGAGUUAAAGGCGCUGAGGCGGUCAGUGAGGUUCGACGAAUACAGACGGAUAUCGCAACAGAAUCCAGCUCAGUCUCCGCUUGGAAAGCUGGGCUACUGGAUUGGAGGCUACGUUGUCGGCGGGCUGGCGAAGCUCGACAAGGCCCUCGAGGACCGCGAAAUCUUCGAAGAAAUCGGUCCUGAGUUGAUCGAGGCAAUUGAGGACAGCGAAGACGAGGAAAACCAGGCGUGCGCGGAGAUCCUGGCGAAGAUCAGGCUGCUUAAGCUUGACAACGCCGCCAUAUGGCAACGGGAGAGGAAGCGCGAGAAGGCGGGGGGCGGCAUAGACACCUCGCUGCCCGUCAAGGGCGCCUACCUCCUGCUGUGCACCGCCCUGGACGUGCUGUACAACAACCGCCCCGUGCAGCGGUUCUGGUUCCUGGAGGUCAUCGCGCGUAUGCCGUACUUCAGCUACAUCAGCAUGCUGCACCUGUACGAGUCGCUAGGCUGGUGGCGGGCUGGGGCUGAGCUCCGCAAGGUGCACUUCGCCGAGGAGUGGAACGAGCUUCACCACCUCCAAAUCAUGGAGUCGCUGGGGGGCGACAGAAAUUGGAUCGACAGGUUCCUGGCCCAGCACACCGCCAUCAUCUACUACUGGGUGCUGCUCCUCUUCUACCUCUUCUCGCCUGAGAACGCCUACAACUUCUCGGAGCUCAUUGAGGCGCACGCCGUGGACACCUACGGCGAGUUCGUGGACUCCAACGCCGACAUGCUCAAGGCGCUGCCCGCCCCCAGUGUUGCCGCUCAGUACUACGUCGGGAACGACAUCUACAUGUUCGAUGCUUUCCAGACCAACAAGGCGGUGCAGCCUCGGCGGCCCCAGUGCUCCACGCUGUACGACGUCUUCUGCAACAUACGGGACGACGAAAUGGAGCACGUGAACACCAUGAGGGCCUGCCAGGACACGUCAAUCGCCUCGGACCUGGAGCAGAGGCGGCAGCCGAGGACGCCCGAAGAUGACUGA